AUGUUUUCGAAUAUUCCUUACACAAUUUUGUUGGUGAGUUUGGCGGCUCUCGGCGCACAAACAUUAGCCACAGCAGACGAUGCCGACUCAUGUUAUUCAUUUGCCGGGGGUUCUGUAUAUCCAGCUGAAGCGCCCAAGGGUGAUCACACUCUGCAAACAACAAAAGCAGUCAUUUCCAAACCAGCUCCUCCAUUUGAAGGUACUGCCGUAGUUAACAAAGAAAUUGUUAAACUUUCUUUAUCACAGUUUGCUGGCAAAUAUGUGGUAUUGCUCUUCUAUCCAUUAGAUUUUACUUUUGUAUGCCCAACUGAAAUUAUUGCUUUCUCCGAUCGUAUUCAAGAGUUCCGUGAAAUUAAUACAGAAGUUAUUGCCUGCAGCGUCGAUUCGCAUUUCACUCAUUUGGCCUGGAUUAAUACACCACGCAAAGAGGGUGGUUUGGGCAAUGUUAAGAUACCUCUUCUUUCCGAUUUAACACAUAAAAUUAGCAAAGAUUAUGGCGUUUAUUUGGAUGACUUGGGUCAUACAUUGCGUGGUCUCUUCAUUAUUGAUCAACGUGGCGUUUUACGUCAAAUCACCAUGAAUGACUUGCCAGUUGGUCGAUCUGUCGAUGAAACUAUAAGAUUAGUGCAAGCAUUCCAAUAUACCGAUACACAUGGAGAAGUAUGUCCAGCUGGAUGGAAACCUGGUGCUGAUACUAUUGUGCCAAAUCCCAAAGAAAAAACCAAAUACUUUGAGAAAAAUAAUUAAAACAAAGCUCAAUUCCCCAUAAACAGCAUCAUUGUGACAAAAUCAUUUUUGCAUUUCUUUUAAUGUAUUUUUUACUAUCUAAAAAUUUCGUUUUUUUUUAAAUAAAAAUCUUUGAAAAAUAAA